CAAAGGCAGAAGGGAGGGUUUGUGACGAGUAACCUGACGGAGAGUACGAUUUAUUACCACACAACAUUGCAAAUUGCAACCAAUUACUUCAACAAUUCUUCUGCGGAUUUGUUCAAGCGUUUAAAGGCGUGUACUACGUGAGCGGUGAAAGCUGAGAAAGCCAGUUCAGUUGUGUGAGGUAGUAAAAGCCGUCUGUACUCUUUGGAAAAAAAAAGAUUAUGUAAGUCUCAAGACUGCAAACUCAGCAAGACGUAGCCACUAAUCACUAAGGAGCAACAUGAGUCUCUUUAACGCACUAGCCAAUGGCUUAUCUCGUAUUGGCUUAAACAUAGGAGCUCGUAAUAAAUCAUAUGACAAUGCCAUGUCGCUGCUUCAUGAUGUGGAUGUACCUACUAAAAAGGCAACUUUUGCCAUGGCAUGCUUCUGGGCACCCGAUGCAUUGUUUGGUACCACUCCAGGUGUGAUUCGGACUCGUGUUGGAUAUGCAGGUGGUACAAAAGAAGGCCCAACCUACCGCAGCCUAGGUGAUCACACUGAGUCGAUUGACAUUGAUUUUGAUCCGUCUGCUGUCACCUUUGCCAAAUUACUGGAUAUAUUUUGGAAAAACCAUGACCCCACUGCCCGCACAACAAAGCAGUACACCUCCCUUAUAUUCUACCAUGAUGACGAGCAAAAAAAGCUAGCUGAGCAAACCCUAAAGGAGCAAGAAGGGAAACAUACUUCUCCAAUUGUCACUCAAAUUAUUCCUGCUGGUACCUUCUGGGAUGCGGAAGACUACCAUCAAAAGUACCGUCUUCAACAACAUGAUUGGCUGAUGAAAGCCAUUGGCAUGAAGUGUGGACCCAAGUUGAAAACGUCUCAUGUGGCUGCUCGUCUAAAUGGUUAUGUUGUUGGGCGUGGAGGUGUUGCCCAAUUUGAAGGAGACAUUGCUCGUCUUGGGCUUAGUGAUGAAGUUUCAGACUUUGUCCGUAAGCUUUGCAUCAAGUAUGAGAAUGCAGGUCCAUUCUGUUAAAAAUAUCUGUGCAUGAAACCACAGGAUUUUUAACACACACUUCUGAAUCAAAAAUAUGCCUUGUAAUUUUAAAAUGUAAUUUUCCAUCCCAAGUUAGCCAAUAAUUCAUCACAAUGUGUAUAUUACUAUUAUUUCUUUAAAAACACUGAAAAGCUUACUGUGUUAACAAUUAUUUGUCCAUGUUCAGCUGAAUUCAUUCCGGGUGUUUGAAAACUAAGUUAUAUGCUACGGGUUUUACUUUUAUCAUAUUCUUUGCUGUGUUUUCCUCUUUCCUUUUAUGCUCUUUCCAAUUCCCCCCAAAAUUAAAUGAGUUUUUAAAUAUUUUUUUUGUGUGACAAUAACUUCUAAAAGUGGAUUCCCUAAUUGUCCUGAAACCACAUUAAGCAAUUUAACAAAAUUGGUUAAUUUAUUUACCUAGCACCAAGCUUGCCUCCAUUCAUAAAGAACUUUUUAGACUGCGCACAGUUGUGAUUUUGUUUUGUAAAAAAAUAUAUAUUUUUAUCCUUGGUGUGUUCCCGCCAUUGUCAAUUACACAUCCCAUAAAUAUUACCCUUGCAGGUUUUUUAAUUUGUUAUACAUGUUAUUGUGUACUUUUUUGUCCAGUAUUUGUAUAAACCUUGUUAUGUUUUAUUAAAAUGUUAGUUUGUCUGA